AGCUGGUGGCUAUAAUAACCAAGCGAGAGGCCUCUCCUUCGGCUGAUUUAUUUUUUUUUCUCUCUCUCUCUUUUGAUCCAUCACAUUCCUCUCGGCUCUUUUGGGCCGAGCCCCGUUGUCUGGAAAUGGCUGGAAACAUCCAAGGGUCCGAACGGAGGAUCGUCCUGGUGGGCAAAACCGGCAACGGGAAGAGCGCGACGGGUAACACCAUCCUCGGAAGCCGCAUCUUCGAAUCGAAGAUGGCUUUCGGUUCCGUCACCAAGUGUUGCCAAAAGGAGGAGACGCAGGUGAACGGUCGGAAGGUGGUGGUGGUCGACACGCCCGGUUUCCUCGACACUGGGCGUUCCAAGGCCGAAACGGCGGCCGAAGUGAAGAACUGCGUGAAGUUUUGCACCCCGGGCCCUCACGUCAUCCUGCAGGUGAUCCGCCCGGGCCGUUUCACUAAGGAGGAGGAGGAGGUGGCUCAGAUGAUCAAGGAGAUCUUCACCCUCAACGCCAAGAAAUACAUGAUCCUCCUGUUCACCCGGAAGGAGGAUCUGGAAGGGGAGGCGCUCGACCAGUUCAUCUCCAAGGGGAACUGCGCCCUGAAGGAGCAGGUGUACCUGUGCGGGAAACGCUACCUGGCUUUCAACAACAAGGCCGAAGGGGCGGAGCGAGAGGCGCAGGUGGCCCAGCUGAUGGAGAUGAUUGACAAGCUGGUGAAGGAGAACCAGGACGCUCCUUGUUACACGGAGGAGAUGCUGGAGGCCGACAAGAAGACGUUGAAGAAGAGAGUGGACCUUUUCCGAUUGUGUCCUAUCCUCUAAGGAACGCCGGGAAAAAAUCUCCACGAGGGCAAUUCUGGAAAGGGUCCCUGCUCUGCUACUCCCUCCCUCCCUCCCUCCCUCCCUCCUUCUUUCCUUCCUUCCUUCCUUCCUUCCUCCCUCUCUCCC